AAAUUUAUUUCCAUCCUUAAAAAAAUCUUUUCAAGAACAUCUGGCAACAAAGAACUAAAUUUUACUCCAACUGUAGAACUUCUAUUUUUGCGGGGAAAAGGGUCAUAAACCCCCCAGAAGUUGUUUGGUGAUGAUUUCAGAAGUUUUACAAUAUGCUCGAUAAACUUUGUCGCGAUCCUUCUCAUCUUGAACGCCAGUUGAAAGUUAAAUUGGCAGAAGAAAAAGAUUUAAAAAUCUUUGACUGGCUUAAACUUAACAACAUUCAAGAUGCAGAGGAAUGGAAGGAAAAUGUGCGAUGGUUAAUAAAACUUAACCAAGAGUGUGGAUUUCAAUGUGAAACGUUUGCCUUGUCUGUGCACAUCCUAGAUAGUUUUCUAGGAUUUGUGAAGGUACGUGGAAAGUACCUGAAGUGUGCCACAUUGUCAGCGUAUUACAUUGCAGUCAAAGUUAUGGAGGAAGAAGAAUUCAUUCCAUCUUUAACUAGUUUCAUUAAUAUCACUGGAAACCAAUUUACAUGUAAUGAUAUCACUCGUAUGGAAAGGAUUAUACUUCAGAAAACAAAUUGGGACUUAAAUCAUGUUACACUUUUCACUUUCCUUGAAAUUUUUUUCAGUUAUACAUGUGCCCAACACUUCAAAACAUUGUUUGGAAGUGACUCCUUGGCUUACAGUAUUUACAGGAAUUUGGCAAACCAGGCUCAACACUGCAUCAGCACUGUUAGCUUAUUACAAUAUAAAGGUUCCCUAAAAGCAUUAGCCCUGCUUAGUUGUACGUUGGAAAAAAUUACAUCUCGUUGGUUUCUGUAUAUUGAACAAGUGUCUCGUUUAGCAAAAAUUGAUGUACAAGAACUAUUAGAAUGCAGAGAUGUGAUUAAAACUGUUGUGUUUGGUAUACAUAAAAAACCAAGGGCUCCAAAAUUAAAAAAAUUUGCAAAACGUCAUUCAGUGUUGGCCCAAAGGAGAUCACCUCUUUCUCCUAUUGUGGAAAAUCCUUUUGAGAAUGAUGUUAUGAGGCAUUGUCAAUCUCUUCUACUUGGCAACAGAAAAACAACAUUAAGUAGUAUUGGAAGUCCUAUUGAGAGCAAAAAACCAGCAGAAUCUGAUCUUUUUAAUGAAGAAUUAAAAAGGUUACGUCAAAUUUCUCUGGAUGAAAUGCAAAUGCCUUCACCAGUGAAGCGAAGAAGAUUAACCAGUUGUGGUGUUGAAUGUAAAUUCAAGCAAGAUGUUUGUACACUGUUAACAAGUCCCAUCAAAGCUAUGCCAGUUUAAAUAAAAAUGUUUGUGUCACAAAUAAUCUAAAUCUAUUUUGUUCAUUUUUUAUUUCAUUGGUUUUACUGUUUGAAUAAUUUGUUGAUUUUGUUUUAUUGUUUCUUUUACCUUCGUUGAGUGCAUAACCUCUUACAGCAAAAUUUUCGUUUGUACAAUUCUGUGUGUAAUUCACACGAGUUUGCUUAAGGCAUUUGUUUUACUGUUAAAGUUUUUAUUACAGUUUGUUGUUGUGUGACUUUCAGGACCUUGUUCUUGUAUGCUGGGUCAUGGUUAGACAGUUUUAAGGAGCUGAUUAUCACAUACUUUUUAUGUUUUUGAGAAUAUACUUUUUAUAUUACAUAUUAUAUAUUACUAACAAGUUUUUAUUAUUUCUUUUAUGUCAAUAAAGGAAACACAGUGUAUAUGGUCAUCGUGUGUUUUAUACACAGUUAAGAUUAAUUUAAAAAAUGUAGAUAGUUGAAUUUGAAAUUUUUGUUGAGGUUUAUAUUGUACAUUACCAAAGAAAACUUACAGCGAAGGUGCACCCUUGUAUACUUACUGCUACCUAUUGCAUCUUACUAGUUUAAUAUUUGCUCAGUUGUAUAUUAGUAUCUUUGCUUAUGUGUGAAAUAAAAAAAACAUGAAAGCUUUUUAAAUACAAACAAAAAAUGUAAAAUACUGAAAAAUAUCGAAAAAAGAAAUAAAAUGAAAAACCAAAA